ACCGCCUAGAAGAAACAUUCCUCCGGCGUUUUUGUCACAGCAUUGCCAUUGACCAGUAAAAUGGCAAAUGGAGUCGAAGGAAGAAGCGAAACGCGGCGGUGGGCUUGUCGCAAUCCUACUUAUCACGCGUACGCGGCCCGGACCAAGACUUGUAUUUCAUUAUCCUGAGAAACCCGACUAUAAGACCAAGCGAAAGUACGCGGACAUUGAUGCCGAUGACUCCGAUUCUGAGGAGGACGAAGAAGACAACAAGCAUGAGCGAGACGACUCGGGCGCUGAAUCGCCACUGAUCGUGCCUGAUGAUGCCCGACGCAACCUAGAUGGCGCGCAGAAGCCUCCCGGACCACGAGUUCUCGGAAGCUCCGUAGGCAGCUUGGAGAAGGUGCUAUCACCAGGUCGCUGGUGCGACCGGAAGAAAUUUGAGAUCAAUCUGAACGGACUGUCUUUCGUCGGUCACCCACUUUAUGCGUCAGAAGAUGGAGAAUGGGCAGCGAAGAAUGCCGAUGCGCCUUCUACAUCUGCGAGCAAGGACACAACUGAUCUGGCAAGCCUGACCUUGGAUCGUCGUGAGACACCAUCACCUCGCCCUUCAGGCAGUGAACUUGAUUUCGCCCAUGUGCCUGACAGCUUCGAAUCUCAAGAUCAAAUCGCGCUGGGAACAUCAAUGCGGACAGUCUCUUCGACUGGUUCAGACCCGACGACAGAUGGCAGCAUGUCUAUGUUUCAUAUUGUCUUCGUGUUGCGUGGAAGAGGCGCUGAAGCACAAGCAGAAACGCAAGCGAUCUACCAAGAAGUGGCUAAGAAAUUCAGCAGAGCUCUACAUUACUGCCAGAAGCAAGCGAAUUACGUGCAAGCAGAGAGCCGCAGGAUCCUCGCGACCAGGACCAAAGCUAGGCAGUCGCAGAUAUCUAUGUCUGAACUCUGGACGCGAAUUGUUGAGACGAGUGAGCUAGCCUGGACGUUGAAGGAAAUCUACGAUCGCAUCUCGCGAGGUGAGCUCGCUGGGGUCAGGUUGAACGGCAUGGAAAUGUCUUUGCAUCUGAGCGAGCCGAAUCAUAUUAGUGCGAAUGCAGACGCCAAACUGGGUCCGCUCUCGGCCAUUUUGCUCUUGGACAGCAAAGAGAAUCUUCUUCUAGACCUAUCACACCCGGAUGCUUCACCUCUGGCAGCAUUUGUACGCGAGCACACGCCGACCAAGAACCUACAGAAACAUGCUGCAUAUGUUGGCAUGCCUGUGGAGGAUGUGCUGUACAUGGCAUCACAUUUGCUCAAGUGGCGAAAAGCGCGUAUCAUAUCUCCGCUGCACCAGCGCAACACAUACGUCGUGGCGCCAGAUGCACCGCUCGAAGACCUACAGCAGCACAUCAGUGCUUACCACAAGCUGUUUCCCACGCUGCCUACGCUUCCAAAUAUGCUCAAAGUGCUGAGCGGCAAACCGAUCAAGUACGGGCUUCUGAUCCCAAGCAGGGACCAUCGCACCGCUUACAUGAAUAUAUUGUCUUACCUCGUCCGCCAUGGUCUUGUGGUACAGCUCAAGACGUAUGGCUGGCUCAGAUUGCCGAAGAAUCUACUCGAACAGACGCAGGCAAAGGGAGAAACGCCGAAGCGUCCUCUCCACACUCGCAACAACUUGCUUUCGCCCAAGUCUAGAGCUGUCGAUGACGACGUUGUCAGCGUCAGCUCCGAGCGUACUGCGAUUGCUGCACCUUCGACGCCCCUCAGCAGACAGUCCAGGCGCUUCAGCCGCGAAACACAGGUCAGCUCUCAGGCAGGAGGAGACAAGACUGCGCCAGAAGUUUAUGUGAACAUAAACGACCCACGAGAACUGAGUGAAGAGCAACGGAAGCUUGUAGAUGCUCUCAAGAGCUCUGUUCGGAACCACGACUUGCGAGACGUGUUGCCGCAAUUGAUACUGCAUUGUGACGGCACCCAUGCUUUCGAAGAGAUCGCCGCCCAAGAAGGCUGGAAACGAGCGAGUGUUGAAGAGUGGUUGGCCGAACUGGACAGUAAGGCAUAUUUGACGACCGUGCGAUAUAUUCGAUGAGAGCAGCCAGUGGGCAAAAUAGUAUACGGACGUGGAUGAGGUCGCGUGCUCGCGAGAUCUUCCGAGAACCGCAAUAGAUGCUGCACCCAUGCAUCCAGUUCCCCAGUCGUGCGAGGGCUCCGUGAGGGGAACGAUGCUCGCCCAGGGCAGCGGUACAUGACG